GCUCAGUAGUCCGAGAAAGAUCGUUUUAUGCUUCUUUGCAUCGCCAAAUCCAUUCAGUAUCUGAAAACAAUAUUACUAAUCAACCAGAAAUUCAAGAACCUGCAAUAACAUCAGAAUUUAUAUCAAAUUCUGAAGUUGCUAUAAGUAAAAGAAUUACUUUUACAAAAGAUGAUAACAGCAAUGAAGAGUUAAGUGCUAAUGCCGAUAAAGAGUCAAAUGCUAAUGGCGAUGAAGAAUCAGACCGUAUUGAAUCUCUGGCUAGUUUCUUUCAUGAGAUUGAAAGGGAUGUCAAGCAAAAUACGCAAUUACUUUCAGCUUUCGAAAAGUUUCAAAAAGGAUAUCAUAAUGCAAAAAAUCUCUCAGAAAAUAAGCUGGUUUCAUUUGUUUAUCAGCAUGCAAGUAGUUCUGCAACGAUUCGAA